UCGCGGUCUUCAUAUAUGUAUAUAAUGGAGUCCAUUCGGAUGAGAGACGGUUUUAAAGGGGCGAAUAGGAUUCUCCGGCGACGGAAUCGAUAACGCAUUUCUCCGUUGGAACCGGGCCUUUAUACCGGCUUUUAGCGCGUUUCGGGCUGCCGGCGGUCCACCUCUCUCCGAUACCCCUGAGCCCUUUCGUCUCCGAUCAGACGUGUCCCCGGUUUCUUCAAAACGAAAUCACCAAUCACCCUUGUUGUUGAUUCCACUCGAUCAAAUCAAACGGCGACGGUUACCAUAUCCGACGAUGAGGUCGAGCCAUCGCCGGAUUUGAGCCACCGCGAAGCAUGGCGAGGAAGAAGGCCCGCACCGCCCCACCCCCGGCUUCGCUGGAGGGCGGGGCCGGGAGGGCGGUGGCGGCCGCUGCCCGUUGGCAGCCGGUGAUCCUGAAGCAACCGUCGAAACCGUCGGCCCGGCUUGCGGAGGUUGCCGGGGGGACGGCGGCUGGUUGCGCGGCGGUGUGCUGCUGCUGCCCAUGCGGGUUGGCGAACCUUCUGGUGCUUAUGGUGGUGCGGCUGCCGGCGGUGCUCUGCCAGCGGGCGCUGAAGGCUAGGACGAAGCGGCGGGCCGUGAUCAAGAAGCCGAAGGACGGGCGGUUCGGCUCCAAGCAGGACGGCAGCGGCGGCAGGGUCCGGGCGGGGAAUGAGGAGGGCGUGGGUCUCCACGGGGCGGUGGCUGUGGCUGUGGCAGGGGAGGCAUGGCCGGCGAAGCCGCCGCCAGCGGAGGCGACGGAGAUGGAGAAGGAGAUGUGGGCUAAGUUCUGCGCCGCGGGGUUUUGGAGGAGCCCGUCACAAAGAGAAGAGGAGGAGGAACGACCGUAACGGCAUCGGCAUCGGCAUCGGCAGCGGACUUGAUUUUUACUGUUCGGCUCGUGACCGCUGCAUUCCACAGAAGGAGAUGUGCUUCGAAGAUCUUAUAUAUAAAAUUUUAAUAUAGUUGGGGAGACGA